AUGUCCCCAUAUCGCAUCGUCUUUGGGAAAAUGUGCCACUUGCCAGUAGGAAUUGAGCACCGAGCGUACUGGGCAGUUCAGCAGGUUAACAUGAUUGCUAAGGCCUGUGAAGAGGAAAGGAAGCUGCAGCUACAAGAGCUGGAAGAACUCAGAUUGGAGUCGUUUGAUUCAGCCAUGUGGUACAAGGAGGAAACAAAGAUGUGGCACGACAAAAAUCUGAGAACCAAGAAUCUCCAAGUUGGUCAGAAAGUACUACUCUUCCAGUCGAGAUUAAAGCUAAUGCCUGGGAAACUCAAGUCAAAAUGGGCAGGACCUUACACUAUCACUGCACUACGUGCUAAUGGAGCGGUCGAGAUUUCAGGGAGUGUCCCUAACUCUGAACCUUUUGUCGUUAAUGGGCAUAGGUUAAAAAUAUAUAGGGAAAAUGAAGAAAUCUUUGAAGGCGAGUGCAGAGACUGGGAGGGCGCGUGGAGCAGAGACGUGACAGGGGACGUCCAAGCAGCUGCGAGAACGCCCAACCGCCUCCCACCUGAAGCGUCGCAACCUGGCAACCGUCUACAACCGGUCAAAACCCUCAACUGCCCACCCCACUAUUAA